CCAUUUUUGUAUUGCCAAUGGCUGCGCCAUCAGGUCUUGUCAUUGGUAUGCUGGGAUCCUUUUCCGACCACCUUCGGAGCUUCGUAAGCUUAGCGGCGGGAGCGCACCGAAACGCAACCUCCGUGCCAGGCCAGCGUUGCGAACAAUUAGCAACUACCAAAUAAGAUUUUUAUUAUAAACAUACCCCAAAGCGCUCAAUGGAUCCUAUACUCUUCAGAUGCAACUCACUCAUCGAUAAAUCAUGCCUCCAAUGGCUUUCUUACAGUCAGCUUUGUCUCCGGCCAGCGUCUUGGCACCCAUCCAUCUUCUAUCUUACUCCACGCUCCUCGGUAUGGAACUAUACCAGUCAUUCGUAAUGACGAAAGUGUGUUACCAAGAGUUACCCCGAUCCGCUUUCACCACGCUCCAAAAGCGCAUCUUCCCCCUUUACUUCCGGGGGCAGACCUUGCUUCUCCUAUUGACAGCAGCGACGGUCCCUCCGUACGGGCCGCUGACGCUGCAGUCGAGCAAGGGCAAUUGGAUACCAUUUGCUAUUGCGGGGGUCACGGCGCUCUUUAAUCUGAUGCUGUAUGGGCCCCGGACGCGACGGGUUAUGAUUGAUCGGAUUCAUCAAGAAACACGGGAUGGGAGGAAAUCGAAUGACCCGACUGAGGUUAGCGACGAUAUGAGAGCGUUAAACAAGACGUUUUCGCGUAAUCAUGCGAUGAGCAUUCAUCUGAAUGUCAUUACUAUAGGGGCUACUCUCUGGUGGGGGUUGAAAUUGGCCUUGCGAUUGGACAUGCAGAUUUAAGAGAGUUUACAAGCCGAAUGCUAGCAUAUUGUGCCAUAUUGGAUGUAUUGGUAAGAUGUAGCUUUAUGUGUUCCUCUUCGUAUGAUAAUGAGGUAUGAGGAGGAAAGGCCAUCAAGGGUCGAGGGGUUGGGGGGGAUUAUCUUGGACUAGGCCUUCUAAAUUUAGAGCAAUAAUUGAUG